AUGAAAAGCAUCGAGGAUCGUUAUGACUAUGAGCCAUCGGAAAAAUGUGAAUGCAAGAGCUGCAGGAUGCGACACAUCAAUAGGGAUGUAACAUCUGAAGAGCGAUUGGACACGGAGAUGAAGUUGUUCGAGGUCCAUAAGUGCAUUGACAAUCAGGUGGAUGAGGCAAUUGCGGAUCUUGGGGAGCUGGUAAAGAUGAAAACGAUCUCCGUGGAACCAGAGCAUCUGAAAUAUGGCUGUAUGGCCUUGGAAUGGAUGGCAAAUCGAUUGGCGGCAUUGCAUUUCAAAACACAUCUAUAUCCGAUAGAUAAUGAGCCUCACACUUGCUUUGUGGAGCCUCAACAAAAGGUUCUAUUUGCCAAUUACUUCUCCUCGCCCACAAAGACCACGGUGAUGGUAUAUGCACAUAUAGAUGUGGUUCCUGCUGAAAGAGACUGUUGGUUCAACGAUCCCUUUGAGCUGAAUACCCGGGAUGGACUUAUCUAUGGACGAGGUGUGACCAGUGGGAAGGGAAUGGUUGUGGGUUGGCUUCAGGCCAUCGAAUGUUGGCUCAAGAUCAACGAGGAUCUGCCAAUAAAUAUCAAGUUCAUUGUUGAUAUGCUGCAUGAGGUGGGUAGCGAGGGAUUGCAGCAUUAUCUACAGGUCCGAAGUGAUUUCUUUCUGGACGUCGACUACAUGAUCUUCGACACAAACUCUUGGCUUAAUUCUGAUCGUCCGUUGAUCGCCUGUGGACUCACGGGCUGGGCACACUUUGGCCUCGAGGUUCGCGGUGCCAACAAGAGUUUGGAAAGCGGCUUAGCCGGAGGUCUUGUCUUUGAACCCAUGACAGACAUUUGUCACCUGAUGAACAGUCUAGUGAAUUCAAACCACGAGAUUAAUGUACCCCGUAUUGAUCACAUGGUUAAACGUCUCACAGUUGAAGAGUGGCAUCUACUUCAGACGGCUGACUUUAGUACCUACAAGUACAUGGAUCAACUGGGGAUCCGGCGUCUGAGAUAUGAGGGCAACAAGGUGGAUCUCCUGCAGAAUCGUUGGUGCAAACCGACUCUGACCAUGCAUGGAAUCGAAGGCAGCGACAAUCGAAAAGAAUGCAGUCAAACCCUUCCCAUGCUAAUCAUGGGCAAGUUCUCCAUUAAAAUGGUUCCCGAUCAGGAAUUGGCACAUGUCCACGACGUAGUCAAGGAGUAUCUUGUGAAUAUGCAUCACGAGCUCGAGAUGGGCACUCAUUUGACCAUUAAACUGCUGGAUACCUGUGAGCCCACGUCCUGGUCGACAUCCUCCAAGAUCACCAAGGUGGUCAGUCGAGCUGUUGGCGAUGUUUUUCAAAAGGAACCCAUUGCCUCCGCCGGAAUUUCCAUCUGUCUGCCCAUUGCCAGUGUGUUUAGGAAGAUGCUGAACAAACCCAUCAUCCUCCUUCCCUACGGGUUGCGAGCGGAUCGUCAUUAUCAGGAGAACGAAUCCAUUGAAGAGGAUCUCUUCAUGCGCCAUAGCAAAGUGUGUGCCUCUCUUCUCUAUGAGAUUUCAACCCUACCAGUUAGAUGCAAGUGUGGAGUCAUCUUAGAGUACUGCCAAUUGAAGGGCCGGGCUGAGCGAUUGGCCGCCUUAAGAGAGGAUGAGGUUAAGGAGACUGCCAAGCGGAUCCAAUUAUCCGAACUGGCUCACGGAAAGUCACUCCACAAUCAUCGAAGGAAGAAGAAUUUCAGGGACUAUUUAUGCAUGCCAUUUAAUUACAAGAAGAUAAUGAAGAAGCUGGAGCCCAAUCGCACUCCCAACCCUUUGCCCAAGCCGUAA